CAUUGUUUUGACUGAAAAUGCCGUCGGUUUCGAAAACGGCGGCCAAUGCGUCUCCUCAAACCGAGAAACCUUCCCACUAUACCUACUUGAAGGAGUUCAGGACAGAGCAGUGCCCGUUGUUCCUCCAGCACAAGUGCACGCAGCACAGACCCUUUACUUGCUUUCACUGGCAUUUUCUUAACCAGCGACGAAGGCGACCCAUAAGACGGAGGGACGGCACCUUUAACUACAGCCCGGACGUGUACUGCACGAAAUACGACGAGACCACAGGCAUCUGUCCCGAUGGAGACGACUGCCCUUAUCUACACCGGACCACUGGUGAUACAGAGCGCAAAUACCAUCUACGGUAUUACAAGACGGGCACUUGUAUCCAUGAGACAGAUGCUCGAGGGCAUUGUGUAAAGAAUGGCCUCCACUGUGCUUUUGCUCACGGGCCACAUGAUCUCCGACCUCCAGUCUAUGAUAUCAGGGAGAUUCAAGCACAAGAGGCUCUCCAGAACGGUCAGUUGGGAUCUGGGGAAGGUAUUCCUGAUUUGCAGCCGGGUGUGCUCGCCAGCCAAGCAAUGAUUGAGAAAACGCUGACAGAAGAUCCCAGAUGGAAAGAUACCAAUUUUGUUUUAGCCAAUUAUAAAACAGAUCAGUGUACCAAGCCACCAAGACUAUGCAGACAGGGCUAUGCAUGCCCCCACUACCACAACAGUAGGGAUCGAAGACGAAAUCCUAGAAAGUAUAAGUACAGGUCAACACCCUGCCCCAACGUGAAACAUGGGGAUGAAUGGGGCGAGCCGUCAAAGUGCGACAGUGGAGACAGUUGCCAGUAUUGUCACUCUCGUACUGAACAACAGUUUCACCCGGAGAUCUAUAAGUCUACAAAAUGCAAUGAUAAACGACAAACUGGAUAUUGUCCCAGAGGACCAUUUUGUGCAUUUGCGCACGUAGAAAGAAUUCCCUCCACGGAGGAGACCAUGAACUCCUUGCUAACAGCGAUCCAGUCCAGUUCACAGUCCCAGCUGGGCUCUCAGCAGUUUCCUGAGUGUCCAAUCAGUGAGUGGAACAGUGGAGGAAACUGCAGCGCCAGUGCAGCCAGUAGCAACGGACAAGUAGGAAGUGUUUCAUGUUCUAGUAACGCAUCCAUAACACCAAGCUCAGGAAGCGACAGUUUGCUAUCCCCAGUGGGGUCCGACAGCCGGCCCAUAUCUCUAACUAUUAGUAGUUUAUGUUCAGAGUCCACCACAUCAAGUGUCUCGUCUCUGACGUCUAACUAUCCCAAAGCUCCGGGCUUUGAACGUGAGGAUCAGGUACACAGACUUAAAUCUAGCAAAGGACAUAUGGAUCAAAAACUAAUGGACCAAGAAAAGCAGACACAAAACACUGUAUUCUCUCCGGUGAAGCCUUUGGCCUCAAGCUUUACGUCCAGCAUCACAUCAAGUUUGGCCUCCAGUAUUGGCUCGGAUAAUUCCUCACCCACCACCUUAUCAACAAUGAACGCAAAAGCAACUCCAUUCUAUCCAGGGAGCAACACGGUGGAGUCAGUCAUAGGAUCAGCGCUGGACCUGAAGUUCAGUGACAUCAACGUUGCAUCGCUUGAUAAGGAGUUAGAGGAACAAGAUCACAGUUUAGGACUAGCAAAUCAAAGGAUGCUGGGUGGAUCUGCUCCUGUUAACAUUCCAGGGUCCCUGGCACGAUCAUCAUCUUUGAAUUCCUCAUCCUCACUUUCCACCUCCCCUCUAAGUUCCCUUUCCCAGUCUUUGUCUCAGUCCCUGCUCUCUGGGACCGUUUCUCAGCAAAACCAACCUUCAAGCAUGCUAGCCAAGCAGGAGCAUGGCCUACUGGGAACGCCCACCUCUUCAUCCCAAAACUCUUUAGGGCUGAACGGAGGAGCUAGCAGCAUUUGGGAUUUCGUCAGCGGCAGCUUUUCUCCAAGUCCGUCUCCAGUUUUCAGCAGUUUGACUUCCACAACCAGCACAGCUGACGUGGCGCGCCUUUUUAGAGAGCUGGAUGAAGCCAAGAGGAAGAUCAAACAAUGGGAGGAGGCCUGGCAUCAAGUCAAACAAGCUUGUGAAGCUUGCCAGAAGGAUGCUCUUGAAGCGAAGGAACAAGCGAAGACCGCUGAGGCAGAGCGGCACCUGGCCGAACAGAAAUGGGAGGAAACGGAGCGCAAGCUGAAAGAGCUCCAAGGGGACUUUGAUGUGUUUUGUCGCACAUCUGGAACACCUCUUCUUCGUAGCUACGGAGAGCUGGACCAGCUCCCCUUGUCAAAGCUUCACUCCAUCCAGAGUCAGCUACGUAAUGACCUAGACCUUAUAGAUGGGGUAAUUUUUCAGCUUCAGUCAAAGAAAUGUAUAGUUUGCCAAAAGCAUGAUCGUUGCAUUGUUCUGCAACCUUGCCAACAUUAUGUGCUUUGUGAUAACUGCGCACCUAGCAAAACAGAAUGCCCUUACUGUAGAACAAAAAUAAUGAAGUGGUGAUACACAGUAAAUCAAGGUACUAUUUAAAGAAUUAGCCCUUUUGAAAAAUUACUAAUAGAUUACACUUUUUCUAAACAAUGUCUUUUCUUAUGGUGAUUGAAUAAUAGGAUUAAAUGAUGUUUGACUGACCGUGCAAAUAGUAUUAAUCAAGUUACUUACAGAGGAUUCAGCCAGUGUAGGUUAUGCUCAUUUUAUGUGCAUGAUCCUUUAGUCGACCUAAUCAUGUAUAAAAUGCAUGUCCUCAGAUUGGAUUGUAAAUUAUAUUGUAAUUCUAAC